GCAGUUAAUUCGAUGUAUGAUCAUUAUCAUCGAGCGCCAUGGAAUCAGAUCAAAGUUGUGGUUUUGAAAUAUCUCCUGGGGGUUCACAGUAUUGGAUCCCUGAAUGUUCACCCGAAAAGAAACCUCUUGUUGGGAUGAUAUUUGUGAAUCUAGAUGCUGCCUUUAAGUUUUACAAAGACUAUGCAGCUGAGUUGGGGUUUACUAAACGUCAUCAUACAUCAAAGAAGGCCAGAGAUGGGCAUAUUUUGAUGAAGUAUAUUGUAUGUAGUAGAGCUGGUUUUAAGAAUAAUACUUGUCCUCCUGUUUCAGAUACCAAUGUUGCUGGUUCUGAAGGUUGCCUAACAAAUAGGAAGAGUGUCUAAUAGGACGGAUACCAAUGUUGCUGGUUCUGAAGGUUGCCCAUCAAAUAAGAAAAGAGUAUCUAAUAGGAUUGGAUGUAAAGCCAUGUUAACUCUGAAAUAUUCUGGAUUUAAAGGGUACUCAGUUUUUGCAUUUGAACAACGCCACAAUCAUUCGAUGUGCUCUGAAUUAUCCAAACAAUUUCUAAAGGUGAACAGAAAUUUAGACCUUGGACAUCAGAAGUUUUUUUAAAUUGUUUUAGAGCAAAUAUUGGCACAAUGAAGUCAUAUCGGCUAUAUAAGGAGACUGUUGGGGGAUAUUCUAAUAUUGGUGCUACAACUGUGGAUUUCAAGAAUUUCAAGCGUGAUCUUAUGGCUUAUAUAGCUGGUGUUGAUGCCCAAAUUGUCAUUGACAAAUUAUUCAGGAAGCAAGAGGUGUCUUCUACUUUCUUUUUUGACUAUGAUGUGGAUGAUAGUGACCAGUUAACAAGGUUGUUUUGGGCUGAUCCUACUUGCCGCAAGAAUUAUGCAUUGUU